AUGUCCGCUGCCCAAGAAGAAUUCAACCAGCUGGUUAACAGCCGUCCACACUACACCACCCACCCCGAAGACCGCGAAGACUCAGACCCCCACUACUCCGACGAAGAACCCUUGCAUAAGACCGUUGAUUCCUCCGACGAAGACGAAAACAUGGUCUCCUCACGUGCCCCAAACUACCACGUGCCCAACACCGUCUACGACGCCAACACUGGCCCCAAGGGAGUUAUUGCCGAUGCUCAGGCCUUUGAGCGCGCCCGCAAGAAGUCCUUCCGCCGCACCCUGCUCAACGCUGCCGGGAUCAACCACGGCCCUUCUUUCAACUCCAAGUCCACCCGGGAUGAGUCACCAGCCGGCGAAUCCUCCAGUGAAGAUGAUGACGAGGCCCGGUUUAUGAAUAAGUGGCGUGUGUCCCGCAUGCACGAAUUGCAAAAUCGCAACAAUCGCCGCCCUAGCCCGCGGGGUAGACGGUUCGGCUCGGUUGAAACCGUUGAUGCUGUGGGGUACCUCGAUGCCAUUGAGAAGGUCACUUCGGAUACCGUGGUUGUGGUCUGCAUCUAUGACCCGAAUUACGACGAUAGCGCUAUCGUUGAGGAAUGCCUGGUUACGAUCGCCCGCCGACAGCCCACGACCCGCUUCGUAAAGAUGCACCAAGAUAUCGCCGAAAUGGAUCACAUCAAGGCCCCUGCCCUACUGGCUUAUCGUGGGGGCGAUGUCUUCGCAACCAUCGUCGAUGUGUUGCGUAGCAUUCCUCGCGGCCGCAGUUGCAGUGCUGAUAGUUUGGAAGAUUUGUUGAAGUUGUGCGUCUCCCCUCAAUGA